AUGAUAUCGGCGAUUAUUUCUCGAUUAGUGAUAUUGGUAUUCGGAACCCUCUACCCGGCAUACGCUUCAUACAAAGCGGUACGGACGAAGAACUUAAAAGAAUACGUAAAAUGGAUGAUGUACUGGAUAGUGUUCGCCCUGUUCACAUGCACAGAGACGUUCACCGAUGUGUUCCUGUCGUGGUUCCCUUUCUACUACGAGGUGAAGAUAGUGUUGGUGCUGUGGCUGCUGUCACCCGCAACGAAGGGAUCCUCAAUAUUGUACAGGAAGUUCGUGCAUCCCGCGCUUUGCAGGAGGGAACAGGAAAUAGAUGAAUACAUAGCUAAAGCCAAAGACCAAGGUUACCACACAGUGCUGAACUUAGGCACAAAGGGCGUCAACUACGCUACCACUGUUAUCAUGCAGACUGCAAUCAAGGGAGGUGGAGGUCUAGUCCAACAGCUUCGCAAGAGCUACAGUUUGUCCGACUUGAGCGAGUGCGAGCCGCGCGAGGAACGGGGCGGCGACGAAGCGGACGAUGUGAUGGGGGAACCAAGGCUGAUACGGCGCGGAGGAAAGAGCAGCGGUUUCAGCACCCGACGCAGCGCUUCCGAAUCGAACAGCCGCUCGCCGAUGUAUUUCCCAGAAGUGGACGUAGACGUGAGGUCUACGAGGUCCAGCAGAACCGAUGAACCUGAUCUCAGCCAUAUAAAGUCUACGGAGGACAUAAGCUCCGGCUACUCGAGCGCGGACAACUCAGCGUCGUUGACGCGCACCGCGUCGCUGGGAGCAGCGGCACGAGCUCGCGUACGAACCACGCGGACUACGACAAUCACCGCCGUCAAGCGACCGCCGCCCGCCGAGGAAAGUGAAGUAAUCAUCGAGGAGCUACAGGACGACGAUUGUUUAGAAUAUACGAAUAUGCCCCCUUUAGUCAAUGUUCCCUCUCCAAUAUACUUAUCCCAUACAGACCCCCCUUUCAUAUAUCAAUAUGUAGGAGAUCAAAUAAAAAUUCUCCAAGUAAUUGGUGAUUACCCGUUUGAACAAACAAAGAAUAUUGAAACGAAAGAGACACAAUUAAAUAAACCAAAAUCUCCAGAAGAGUCGCCUGUAAAUAAUACUGUAGAAAUGAAACAGGAUGAGCCAUUAGAAAAUGAAUAUGUGAACAAAGAAAUUCACACACAUCAUCCAGACGUAGGAGCAAAUUCUGAGACCAAUAUGGUAUAUAACAAUACUAACAUUCCGCUAGAAAACAAGUCCAAUGAAACUAAAGAUUUUUUUUUAGAAACUAAUGUAGAAGAUAAACAUAUCGAUAUUGUUAAUCGAUCUGAUACUGUAACAGACAUCGAGUCGACAAGUUUGGAAACUUUAAUUUCUGAAAAUUAUUCUACUGAAAGUGAUGAUGAAGCCUCAUUUGGAACUCCAGAAGAUUCACCAAAAAUAAAACGAAAGUCGCCUAAAGGAAAAUAUGGCAAAGCUAAAGCUCCUCCACCACCUAAGCUAGACUUACCGAAUGAAAACUCGGACAAUAGGGCUAAUUUGGAAUGUAACGCGGCCACAACGUCUCAGGAAAGUUUAAAUGAUAUUAUUAACCAAAUGCCCAAUAUAACAGAAAGCACAAUAAAGGGAGGGCUACAAGUAGUUAAUCCGAUUGCUGAAAAGAAAAGGCGGCAUAAAUCAAAAUCACCUGGUCGUAUUCCCAAAAGCCAUAGUUCAGGCUUGGGUAAAUUAUUGCAAUUGCCAAACAAAUUAGUAUUUUGGAAUAAAAACGAUGAUAAAAGUUUAAAAUUUGACAAUGUAUCUACUUCUUCUGGAGAUCAUAGUAGGCGAUCUUCGACUGUUGACCAACAAUUUGAAGAGUUCCAAAGCUGUGUUAAUCCUUCAUUUGUAGACGACGUAGCUGAAGAGCAAGUACGGACGUAUAAGAAGCUUUCCCUAAAUCCUGAAAACAUUAACUGCUGGGAGGAUACGAGAUUAAAAACAAUGCUGUCGGCCUCCGCUACAAUACCUCGCGCAAAAAAAUCUAAUAAAAGGAAAACGCAAUAA